UGGGGGGGACCCGGGCGCCCCCCUCCCCCCCGCGGCGCUGGCUCAGGGUGUGGCCGAGGGGGCGUGGCCUCGCGGCGGUGGGCGGGGCCCGCGCGCGGAUUAUGUCAGCCCCGCGGCAGCCGCAGCCCCGAGCUGGGAGCGGCGCGAGCAGGCCCCCGCUGCCGCCGGCCCCGGCCAUGGCUCUGCCCCGGGGGCUCGGCCUCCUCCUGCUGCUGGCGCUGGGGGGGCCCGGCGCCGCCAUCACCAUCCCCCCGGAGUAUGGUCUGCACGAGCUCCUGCAGCCCCCCGAGCUGGUGGAGCAGCCCCCGGAGCAGCUCGUUGUCUUCCCCAGCGAUGACAUCGUCCUCAAGUGCAACGCCACCGGCAACCCCCCCGUCCAGUACCGCUGGAUGCGGGAGGACCAGCCUUUUGUCCCUGAGGAGCACCCGGGGGUGACGGUGGCCCCGGGCCUGGGGACGCUGGUCAUCAACGCCAGCCUGGCCGGCCGCCUGCAGGGCCGCUACCGCUGCUUGGCCACCAACGCCCUGGGCACCGCCUUGUCCCUCGAGGCCCGUGUCAUCGCCGAGAACACGCCACAGUGGCCCAAGGAGAAGGUGAUGCCGGUGGAGGUGGAGGAGGGGGACCCCGUGGUGCUGCCCUGUGACCCCCCCAAGAGCGCCGUGCCCCCCAAGAUCUACUGGCUCAACAGCCGCAUCGUGCACAUCGCGCAGGACGCCCGAGUGAGCAUGGGGCAGGACGGGUUCCUCUACUUCGCCAACGCGCUGGUGGGCGACAGCCACCCCGACUACAUCUGCCACGCUCACUACCUGGGGCCCCGCACCAUCAUCCAGAAGGAGCCCCUCGACCUCCGCGUCGCCCCCAGUAACUUGGUGCAGUCCCGCCGUCCCCGGCUGGUGGUACCCCGGGAGCCACAGCCCCCCCAUGUCGCCCUGCGGGGGGGCACCCUGGUCCUCGAGUGCAUUGCCGAGGGGCUCCCCACGCCGACGGUGCGGUGGCAGCGGCUGAAUGGGCCCCUGCCGCGGGGCCGGGCCUCGCUGGAGAACUUCAACAAGACGCUGCGGCUGCGGGCGGUGGAGGAGGCGGACGACGGCGAGUACGAGUGCGUGGCCGAGAACAGCCAGGGCCAGGCGCGGCACAGCCACCUCGUCACCGUCGAGGCGGCCCCGUACUGGGUGCGCAGCCCCGAGAGCGGGGUGUUCGGCCCGGGGGAGACGGCGCGGCUGGACUGCAGCGUGGAGGGCAAGCCCCGGCCCCGCGUCACCUGGCGCCUCAAUGGCGUCCCCAUCGAGGAGGUGCCGGGGGCCGGCCGGCGGGCGGUGCGGGAGGGGGCCCUGGUGCUGUCCCGCCUGGAGCCCAACGACACGCUGGUGGCCCAGUGUGAGGCCUACAACCGCCACGGGCGACUGCUGGCCAACGCCUUCGUCUACGUCGUGGAGCUGCCGGUGAAGAUCCUGACGCCGGACAAGACGCCGUACGCGGUGGUGGAGAACCGGACGGUCUUCCUGCACUGCCGGACCUUCGGGGCCCCCGCGCCCACCGUCGAGUGGCUGACGCCGGAGCUGGAGCCGGCCCUGCAGGACGACCGGGCCUUCGUCUUCACCAACGGCACCCUGCGGCUGGGCCCGGUGGCGCGGGGGGACGGGGGGGUCUUCACCUGCCAGGCCCACAACCCCCACAGCAACGCCAGCGUCGCCGCCCACCUGGACGUCAAAGCGGCGACGCGGAUCGAGGUGCCCCCCCAGAGCACGACGGCGAAGAAGGGGGAGACGGUGACCUUCCGCUGCGUGGCCGCCUUUGACCCCGGGCUGGCCCCCCGCGGCCUCGAGUGGCGCCGGGACGGGCAGCUGCUGCGCGAGACGGCCGAUAGCGACAAGUACUCGCUGAGCGGGGACACACUGACGGUGGCUGGGGUGGACUACGGUGACCAGGGGACCUUCUCCUGCCGCGCCUGGACCCUCCUGGAUGCCGUCGAGGCCGAGGCGCAGCUCCGUGUCGUGGGCCGGCCGGGCCCCGUGCGGGAGCUGCAGGUGCUGGAGGUGGGCGAGCGCCAGGUCCGGCUCUCCUGGACCCCGGGGGACGAGCACAACAGCCCCGUGGAGAAGUUCGUGGUGGAGGAGGAGGAGGGUAUCUUCACCCCCGGGCGCUUCGUGGAGCGGCUGACGGUGCCGGGGGGGCAGCCCUGGGCCCCCCUCACCCUCUCGCCCUACGGCCGAUACCGGUUCCGGGUGCUGGCGGCCAACGCCUACGGCCGGGGGGAGCCCAGCGCCCCCAGCGCCCCCAUCUCCACCCCCCCCGCGGCCCCCGAACGCAAUCCUGGGGGGGUCAAGGGUGAAGGCAACGAGACCAACAACCUGGUCAUCACCUGGCAGCCGCUGGCGCCCGGGGAGUGGAACGCGGCCGAGGUGCGGUACCGGGUGCAAUGGCGGGGGCUGGAGCCGGCGCUGGGCCGGUGGCACGAGGAGACGGUGGGGGCCCCCCCCGUCGUGGUGGGGGGCACCCCCACUUUCAGCCCCUACGAGAUCCGGGUGCAGGCGGUCAACAGCGCCGGGAAGGGGCCCGACCCCCCCGUCGUCAUCGGCUACUCGGGAGAGGACCUGCCGCUGGUGUACCCCGAAAACGUGGGGGUGGAGAUCCUCAACAGCACCAGCGUGAGGGUGCGCUGGAGCCUGGGGGGGGCCCCCCAAGACCUGCGCGGGCACCUCCGUGGAUUUCGGGUGCUGUACUGGCGUGAGGGCUGGGUGGGGGAGCGGAUGCGCCGGCAGGCCCCCCCCGGCCCCCCCGGGGGGCACCCCGGGGUGCUGACGGUGCCCGGGGAGGCCAGCGGGGUGCUGCUGGGGGGGCUGCGCCCCUGGAGCCGCUACCGCCUCCAGGUCGUCGUCUUCAACGGGCGGGGGGACGGCCCCCCCAGCGACGAGAUCCGCUUCGACACCCCCGAGGGAGUGCCGGGCCCCCCCGAGGAGCUGCACGUGGAGCGCGUGAACGAGACCACCCUGGCCCUGGAGUGGGGGGAAGCCCGGCACCCCAACGGCAUCCUGACCGGCUUCCUGCUCCAGUACCGCCUGGAGAGCGCUCCGGAGGGGGCGCUGCCGGACGAGAUCUCCUUCCCCGCCGGGACCCGCAACGCCUCCCUGGGGCGGCUGCAGCCCCGCGCCCGCUACCGCCUGGCGCUGCGGGCGGUCACCGGCCCCGGCCCCGGCCCCGCGCUGCUGCGCCUCGGCAGCCUCCUGCCCGAGCCCG